AUGUCUGAUAUCAAGCCCAUCACCAUCUACGUCCACGCUAAGGGACCCAACCCUAAGAAGGUCAUCAUCAUCUUCGAGGAGCUCGGUGUUCCCUACACCGCCAUUCCCAUCGAGAACCCCAAGGAUGAGUCCUUUACCAAGAUCAACCCCAACGGCCGCCUGCCCGCCAUCGAGGAUCCCAAUACCGGCCUCACCCUCUGGGAGUCGGGCGCCAUCAUCGAGUACCUUAUCGAGACUUACGACAAGGAGCACAAGCUCACGUUCACCUCCGCCCCCGAGAAAUGGCAACUGAAGCAGUAUCUGCACUUCCAGAUGUCCGGCCAGGGACCCUACUUUGGCCAGACUGCUUGGUUCCACUUCUUCCAUCCUGAGGAUGUGCCCUCCGCCAAGGAGCGCUACAAGGAGCAGGCCGUCCGGGUUGUCCAGGUCCUAGACAAAAUCCUAGAAGGCAAGGAGUAUCUCGUCGGUGAUAAAUGCACCUACGCCGAUCUGGCUUUCGUUCCUUGGAACAACAUGCUUCCCAUGUUCGGCGACACCUGGGCGAAAUAUGAGAUCGAGACGAAGUACACCAACUUCUUCGCCUGGCACCAGCGCUUGUUGGCUCGUCCUACCGUCAAGAAGGGUCUUCAGAAUAUUGAGUAA